AUGAAACGACAUGUCUUACCUGCCGCUGCCUACGAAACCUUUAACAGCUACGCCAAACCCAAGCAAUACCUGGAGAGCCUUGACUAUCGCGUGGUGAUCAAGGUUGACGGCCUGGAAGCAGGAAAGGGCGUUGUUCUCCCCGUGGACAAAGAAGAUGCACACCGUGCUCUCGAGGAGAUCAUGGUACAGGGCAGAGUUGGAUCGGCCGGUGAUUCCGUGGUGAUCGAAGAGUACGUGGAUGAAAACGAGAUAAGCGUGCCAACGUUUAGCGAUGGCAAGACGACGCGAACUCUUCCACCAGGACAAGACCACAAGCGCGCGUACGAUGGCGACCUUGGAACCAACACUGGCGGCAUGGGCGUCUAUGCCCCUGUGCCAUUUGUCAGUGCUACCGACAUGGAGGAGAUUGAGAGGUCGAUAUUGCGACCAACCUUCCGCGGGCUCGAGCUAGACGGACGUCCCUUUGUUGGCAUGCUGUUUACUGGGGUCAUGCUCACCUCUUCUGGUCCCAAGGUGAUCGAGUACAACGCCAGAUUUGGCGAUCCGGAAACACAGGCCUUAAUGCUACUCCUGAAAGACACAGAUCUUUCGCAGGUCCUUCUCUCCUGCACCAACGGGAGUCUUUCAGAUGCCACCAUCGACGUCUCUUCGGACUUUGCGUGCAACGUCACUGUGACAGCAGCAGGGUGUCCACUGCCGGACUAUAUCAAAGGAGGAGCCAUCGUCCUGCAUCCUCUGCCAAAAGAUAAGCACCUUCACGACCGUCAUUCUACAAGCUUGCUGACCUCUUCCUACUCAAGAUGUGCAAAUCUUCCCCGCCAGCACCGCUUUCGUCGACGGGCAGCUCGUUGUUUCCGGGGGACGCGUGCUUUCUGUUUCCACAACUGGCUCAAGCCUACGAGAAGCCGUUUAUAA